UCAUCACGCUCCGACGUCCAUAAUGGACUUGCAGCUGUUCAGUGACAAACAAUAACAAGAGCAGCGAGCGAGUGAGCGAGCGGCUUCCGUGUCUGUAAUCGCGCUGGUAUUAUUAAAAGCCCGUGAGGCAUCUCGACUCUGACAUUGUCGGCGAGGAAAACUCUGGCCUCCGCUGCCACUUCCUCCGACUCGGACACCGGCGGAGCUUCGCCGCCCCCGCGGAAGAAAAGCCGAGUCUCGGCGGCGGAGGGAGCAGGAGAGAGCGGGGCUUCUGUAACCGGGAUCACGGGCCUCUCUGCGGCGUCUCUCCCAACCCCCCACCAGCACUCGGCCAUCCGCCUCAACAACAGCUCGCAGUCGCGCAGAUCCGCCUCUGCAAACGCGGUUAAUAACAUGCAGGCCAACGGGACGGGAGGCCAGGAGCCGGAGCCGCAGAUGUCUUGCAGAAACGGGGAGUCCUCGUCGUCCGUCGCGGGAGCCGUGCACUCAAACGGGCUGAUGCCCUCCGCUAAUAACGGGCUGCCGUCCACCGAGAGCCCGGAGCCGGACAGCAGCGCGAAGAAGAAGAAGAGACUGUCCCAGAGCGACGAGGACGUGAUCAGGCUCAUCGGUCAACAUCUACACGGGUUAGGACUCAAUCAAACGGUGGACCUGUUGAUGCAGGAAUCGGGCUGUAGACUUGAGCAUCCGGCUGCUACCAAGUUUCGUAAUCAUGUGAUUGAGGGAGAGUGGGAAAAGGCUGAGAGUGACCUCAACGAGCUGAAAGCACUGAUGCAUUCACCGAGCGCUGUGGUGGUAAGAGUCCAAACUCCUCUCAACAUCUCCACCAUCAGUUUGAUGAAUCUUCUUAAUGUGAUUUUGUCCUGUGUUGUUCAGCGGAUGAAGUUCUUGCUCCUGCAACAGAAGUAUCUGGAGUAUCUGGAGGACGGGAAGGUUCUCGAAGCACUUCAGGUCCUCCGAGCCGAGCUCACGCCGCUGAAGUACAACACCGAACGAAUCCACAUCCUCAGCGGGUACCUGAUGUGCAGUAACUCUGAUGACCUGCGUGCGAAAGCCGAGUGGGAGGGGAAAGGGACGGCCUCACGAUCCAAACUCCUCGACAAACUUCAGACGUACUUGCCCCCGUCCGUGAUGCUGCCGCCCCGGCGCCUGCAGACUCUGUUGCGUCAGGCAGUGGAGCUGCAGAGAGAUCGCUGUCUCUACCACAACACCAAGCUGGACAGUGGACUGGACAGUGUGUCUCUGCUCAUAGACCACGUGUGCAGCAGGAAACAGUUCCCCUGCUACACCCAGCAGAUCUUGACCGAGCACUGCAACGAAGUCUGGUUCUGCAAGUUCUCCAACGACGGCACCAAACUGGCGUCAGGAUCCAAAGACACAACAGUCAUUAUAUGGCAGGUUGACCCCGACACGCACCUGCUCAAGCAGCUGAAGACGUUGGAGGGUCAUGCCUAUGGGGUUUCCUAUCUGGCCUGGAGCCCGGAUGACACGUAUCUGAUAGCCUGUGGCCCGGACGACUGCUCUGAGCUCUGGCUCUGGAACGUACAGACAGGGGAACUGAGAACCAAAAUGAGCCAGUCCCAUGAGGACAGCCUGACCAGCGUGGCCUGGAAUCCAGACGGCAAGCGUUUCGUUACCGGAGGUCAGAGAGGCCAGUUCUACCAGUGUGAUCUGGACGGGAACUUGCUGGACUCCUGGGAAGGUGUUCGUGUGCAGUGUCUGUGGUGUUUGAAUGACGGACGAACGGUGCUGGCCUCUGAUACACACCAACGCAUCCGUGGAUACAACUUCGAAGAUCUGACUGACAGGAACAUAGUUCAAGAAGACCACCCUGUAAUGUCCUUCACCGUGUCAAAGAAUGGAAGAUUAGCUCUGUUAAAUGUCGCAACUCAGGGAGUUCAUCUGUGGGACCUGCAGGACCGGGUAUUAGUCAGGAAGUACCAAGGUGUGACUCAGGGCUUCUACACCAUCCACUCCUGUUUUGGCGGCUACAACGAAGACUUUAUUGCGAGUGGCAGUGAAGACCACAAAGUUUACAUCUGGCACAAGCGCAGCGAGCUGCCCAUCGCCGAGCUGACGGGCCACACGCGCACCGUGAACUGCGUGAGCUGGAACCCGGCGCUGCCGGGCCUGAUGGCCAGCGCCUCGGAUGACGGCACCAUACGGGUCUGGGGUCCCGCCCCCUUUCUGGACUCCCAGGAGCCCGAGGGCCUAACUGGUAUGAACCUCCUCGUCUGACUGGAAUGUGCUCCUAGUUUUGAUAAUGCUUUAGCAUGGACAGUUGAUGUUGACUCUGGAGCAGAUGUCCACUUUGGAAAACAUACAGUGAGACACACUAUAGACUAUAUGAAUGAAGAAUGAAAAUUGAAGUAAAUCGUACGGCAGAUGGAUGUUAUUUCCCCCACGCCGUUUCACUCGAACAACAUGAAGCCGGGCGCUGCCCUCAAACAUCUGACUUCAAAUCCUAAACGGACACGCCCCUCUUCCUCCUUUCUACACUGCAUCCUGAGUGGACGACUGCCUCCUGAACCCGUAUGCGCACACAAACACACACACACACGGACAAACAACGUUAUUUAUUGCGGCUUUAAUUUAUUAUUGUGAAUGAAUCAAGGCCACAGGCUUGCUUUGUGUUCUGUACAAUAUUCACUCAGCCAAGGGGACAAAAAGAAAGCUUUUCCGGCAUGUGCGAACUUCUCCUUGGUCUCAAAGACGCACGUGUUAACGGAGAGCAAACAAAUCAUAUCCUUAUUUUUCAGCAUGAACUUCUUUAAGCCAAUUUGUAUGCUUGAAAGUAAGUGUCUUCACCAGCAGAGAUAUAAGAUAUCGUUUUCCUUUCCCUCUGUGACCCACCACAUUUUUAAAUGACUAAAUUUCCUGACAUUUUUAACAGCUAGAUAUUCAUUUUGAUUAGAAAAUUCCAACCAUGACCCCGAUUUUGUUUCAUUGCUUAUGGUACUUUAUUCUAAUUAUGAAAGGGGGAAGGUUUUCUAGAGGUGACGGAUUAUUAAUCUUUAUUCUUGUGACGAGCCGAUUAAUAUUUACGAAGAACAUGGUUAUUUUUUGGUAACGCUCCUGCGACCCAUAUAGGCUUGCUAUAGUCGUCCUGCUAAUGACACACACACACACAUGUGCUGAUGUCACGAUCCACAUGUAAAUAUCAGCGUGCAGACCUUGACUUUACGCAAGUGGCUCGUAAGUGUUUGCGAUUCGGUCCGGGCUGUUAGUGUAUGAGAAAUGAUUUUGUGACGGUAAGUACACCAGAAUAUUGAGCGAGUGAACGGACUCUCAAAUACGUUUCUCGAGUUUGUGUUCGUUGCGUCAUAUUCUCCUCUUGGGUCUUGUUUCCUCUUUCAUAUGAUCACAUCUUGUCUUUUUAUGUUUUUUUAAUGCUUUUCUAGACAUGUAUAGGAUUAUUCAUCAGCUAUGAUUUUCUUAGUUUAAUUGAUUUUAUUUUGGGUUGAUUUAUAAUUUGUUUAGCUUUUUUCCCUUGUAUUAUCGUAUAAAGGAUGUCUUGGCAAAUGGCCUCUUAAAUGCUUUUUUCUAUUUGUGAAUUUCUUAUAUACUUUCGUACCAUAUUACGCAUUAGUACACGCAGGUGUACCCUGAAAUAAUUUAGGUAUCAGUCGAGCGAAAGAAACUUUGCCUACUAUGAUUUAUUCUGUUAUUAUAUGCUCUUCAUAUACAUGUAUAUAAGGAAUCUAUAUAUAUAUAUAUAUAUAUAUAUAUAUAUAUGUGAUGUCAAAAUGAUUAAUCACAUCUAACACAAGUCUGUUUAUACACUAUGUAAAUACACAUAAGUAUCCAUAUAUAUAUAUAUAUAUAUAUAUAUAUAUAUAUGCGUGUGUGUGUAUAUACAUAUAUAAAUUAGUGCUGUCAAAUUGAUUAGUCACGAUUAAAUCGCAUAUAACAUGUGUAAUAUAUAUUAUUAUUUACAUAUAUUAUGUGUGUGUGCAUGUUUGUGUAUACAUAGUAUACACACAGACAUAUAUAACAUAAAAAUAAUAUACGUUUUGUAAACAAACUUUUGUUAGAUGUGAUUAAUCGAUUUGACAGCGCUUAUAUAAAUAUAAAAAAACAAACUUUUAUAAUUAAUUUGACAGCACUUGUAUGUGUAUAUAUAUAAAAACACAUGUGUAUUUCUUGCCAUCUAUCCUCCCGUACAAAUGUUAAGCGUUUCUCACCUGCAUCAGGUAAAGUCCUUGUACAGGUUACCCGUACCCUGACCAGCCAGACCUGUCCCGCUAGCGAGGAUUGACGCGCAAGCGAAAAGAAAGAACAGGUGCAUGCAGUAACACCCUCACACAUGUGGCGAUAUCACACAAUUGUGGUGUUGUACGUUCUGGUUUAUGCAACUGAGCUUUCCUUUUCUUCUGGAUAUUUGUGUUUCAUUUCAGUCUUAGUUUGACUUUAUGUGCUUGAGCCGCGGGGCGACGGUCACGCCCUGGGUGGAGUUCAGGUGGAGACUUACGUUUAUUGCAGUCAGGAUCUGAGGAUCUUAUUUGCAUUUCAGUGUGUUAUUAUUCUAAGUGAUUGUACUAUUAUGUAAUGUUCUGUAGGAGAGGUGUUAUGUAUACAUACUUUCAAUAAAGCAUUCAGGGUUUUAAACUA